UCUUUUGGCGGGAACAAUGUAAACAAACAUUGCAGAGAGGCGGUAGAAGCCGUAGAUCAAACAUGGCUACUCUAGAUGACGUUAAGUUGCACCUAAAAGCGAGGCACAUCAAAGUACCAGAUGACUGGCUUACAGCUUGUAUUGAGUGGAUUCGACAGAGUUAUCCUACACAUGCCACCGGCAAGAAACGUAUGUUGGAGUUGGUGUAUGAACAAUGGCUGUUGUGUGACCUGUCGGAGCUGGCUACCCAUUGUUUACCUUGUAAUUUAAAACAGGAAGUAACUACUGUCAUUCAAGGCCAUUUUGCCUUACAGGUGAAUCAGGUUUGUGAUGUUGGCCAGGCAGCUUACCCCCAGCUUCAGAAGAUCAGGCAAGAAAAAGCAGAAAACUCAUAUGUGUCAGCCGAGGACCAUCGUCAGCCUGAUUGGUGGGAGCCAAAGCCAAGCAGAAUGUUGAUGCUGCAGAUGACAGAUGGAACACGUGAAGUGCAAGGCAUGGAGUAUCACUCUAUUCCCAACCUCAAUGUAAACCUCAAGCCUGGAACAAAGGUACUGUUAUCUGGAAUUAUAUUUGUCCGUCGAGGAGUAAUGCUCCUUAAGAAAGAACACAUAACCAUCCUGGGUGGGGAGGUUGAGGCCUUGCUUGUUUCAAAUGCAUUGGAAAAUGUUCUUGCACGAAAACUAGGCGCUAAGGAAAACCCACAGCCAAGAGAAUAUGAAGACACGGCUCCCACCCAGUUACACCCUAGUCAGUCUUCCUGUUAUUACCCUUCACAGCUCAACUCAGCAUCCACUAGGCCUCAAAAUAUUCAGCCACCAAGAAGAGAAGUGACACCGUCUUCAUCAGGGUAUAGGAGCCAGGCUAACUUCACUGCACCUCCAACCACCGGUGUAGAUGAGAUGGAUGAUGAUGAUUUUUUUGACCAAAACAUGGAAAUGGCUUUAAGCCAAAUUGAGUGUCAGGAAUUAUCAUCUGCUACAAGUACAAGUGCAGUCACCCCCUUAUUGUCAUCCAACAGCAGAUCGUCAACACAUACUUCUCAGACCAGUACCAACACUGUGAAUCAUUUUGACACCAAUAAUGAUAAUGGUGAAGAUAUGAACAUUGACAAUAGCUUUUUCGAUGAUGAUUUUGAUGAGAUUCUGAUUGAUGCAGAAUCCCAAAUUAAUGAAUCAUUUUCAAGUUCAGAAACAUCUACAUUAACAAACAUAACACCUCAGACCACCAGUAAAGGUUUUCAUAUACCAACGGAAACUUUAAGACAACCUAAUGGUUCUUCUAGUGUUCCUGGUACCUCCAAAACUCAAUCAUUAACAGGAAUUAGUAAACAUGGUUCCUCUUGCAGCAGUACAUUAACAGAAAAAUGUAGUAAGCCAUUAAGGCUGACGAAUUUUUUAUCUCAGCCAUCAAGUCAAUCUCCAGGAGCCAACAGAUUGCCAAAUUCCAAAUACUUCCAAAGAAGUUUGCCAUCUAAAAAAUCCCCUUGGAAGUAUUCUCCUUUAAAGCGUGGAAGUGCAGUAUUUUCAAAUGCAGUUGGCUUUCAGACUGCAAGCAGUUUCAUGGCCUCAUCUUCAAGGUCAAUGCUGAAACAGACAUCCUUAGAGGACAUGGGCUUUAAAACACCUGCUACUCCAAUUACAGAGAAAAAACAAGAGAACAUUAAUUCAACUUCAGGAAGUUUAGAAGAGAGAGUCAAGCAUGACCCACCUUUUACAUAUCUGGUCUAUCAACUAAAAAAACCCCUAAUUCCUCAGGAAUUUACAGUGAGAGGUUUCAUCACGACUCUGUUAUCAAAUUUGGGGCAAGUAAAUGGAAGGUGGAAACUUACUGCUUUGAUCAAUGAUGGAAGUGCUUCCUGGGAAGUGGACAUGGAUGACAUGGUCCUUCGGGAACUUCUUGGAAUUAAUGCAGAAGAAUUUAAUCAGAAAAAGGCAGAAGCCAAGUCUAAUCCUGUUAUCAUAUCACAAAUUACCAUGUGUAUUGCUGAGUGUCAGAAGAAGCUGAUGACCUUGUCCUGUCUGCUACACCUGAGAGUGGCCGUAUCCCUUACUAGGCCCAGAUUAAUGGCAAUUAGUUAUCUCACUAACACAGUGACUGAACAGCUUAGAGAUCGAUCAUCCAUAAAAUCUUAAAAGUUGAACAUUUAAUUUGCUGUAAUAACAAAAUCUUGUUUAUUUAAGUUUUUAAAUGCAAGGAGUCCUUGCUAAAUGCCACAGUUGCAUUCCUUGAAAAGUAAGAAUUAAUGGAAAUAGGCUCUGCCUUUGAACUUUUACCCAUCUUGGCUCUCAAUUCAUUGCACAAAUCCUUGGCCUUAGCUUGAACAACUUAAAGACUGAUUAGUACAGUAUACCCUGUAUUAUGCUGACUCUGGUCCUCUAUCCACAAUAUGAGAUGAUAUUCUAUGUUUUCCAUAACUGCACUUGUUGACCAAGAUAUCUUCUUUACAUUCUUUGGUGAGAGUGAGAUCUGGAGCAACAUUAGUGUUCACUUCAUGAUCACAGCAUCAGAAUGUUGUAAGACUUCUAACUUGUUGGGGUAGGCAUGGCAUUAUCACUUCCUGGGUUCAUUGCACUCAACCUGGGAUAGUUUUUUGUAUGUACGGAGAAAUAAUAAUGACAGCCAACAACUUUAUAUGGAUACAGGACCUAAUUUAAUAGCAAUCCCAAAAGGAAACAAGGGUAAUGAAGAGCCACCUUGUAACUUGUUCUGUGAUAUUAAGAGAUAAGAAACUCAGCACAUAUGUAAUCAGAGUAUUGGUGAGAUUUUGUGCAGAGGUAGGCUAAGAUGAUUUAGGCCUAUGGAGAGAAUGAUGGAGACAAAUAGGGCAGGGUUAGGCCAAGGGUGAUCUGGUGAAAGGUUGUGGGGAAUGACCUUACGGUUAAGGAUAUAAUGAGAGCUGCCAUCAGUUAAUCACAACUUACCCAAAUGUUAGGAAAAUGGCUAUAAAAUACAGAUGAUGCUUUGUGAAUAUGUACAUCAGGUACUACAGUUUUAUUUCAACACUAUUAUUUUAAUUUCUGGUUGAUAUGAAAUGUUAAAGUCCCAGUUAGGCAUUAAGGUCCUGCUGUGAUAUACAAUAAGGACAGUUAUGUUAAUUUUUUUUUUCUUCCCCAUUGGUUGGUGUCUAUUUUAUUUUCUGUAUAUCAUGAGACAAAUUUGAUGUUUCUUGACAUAAUUUUUCUCAAAACUGGCUCUUAUAUUAGAAUUUUUUAAUACCGGGCUCACAGAGAAUAACCCUUGGCAUGGUGGGAUUCUAAAAAUGAAGACUGCUGAAGAGCUUUGCUACUGAUCAUAAACAUGUGAAUUUCUAGUCAUUUUGUGAUCAAUAUGACAUAAAUCAUCCUCACCGUUAUGUCACAUGUCAUGUUCUCCAUACACUGAGUACCUAUGCCACAUUUUUCAGGGAAAAUGUGUACAAUUAGUUUAACCCCUUGGAUAAGUGGCAUCCUGUAGAGAAAGGGUUGAAAGAUAUUCAAUAAUUUGAAUUUAUUUUUUUUUAAUACAUAGUAUUCAGUU